UCUUUCACAGUAGUGCAAAGCCAGAACGGACUAUGGCAAUGUAUAAGGCGGAGGAAGAGAAGGAUGUGGUCAAAUACUUUAGCAACAUUACUUCCCUCUCUGAGGAGAAGGAGGAAGCCAUUGUGUAGCUUAUGUUCAGCUAACUGAGCAGCCCAAUGGAGCACCUUCGAUCAGUCUUGGGGAAUCUGCAACGGGCUUUGGAUUUUGUUUCCUCAUUCACUACUUACCUCUUUGGUGAUGAACCUCAUCCAGGAGCAGAAGAACCAGGAAGUGGAAGGGAGAUGAAGGACUACAGAACCCACCAUGACUCUGAAGUGGAGACAGCACACUCUGGGGACAUUUCUCCAAGGUCACUGAAGAUCACUGAAGGUCCUUUCACAACAGAGAUAACCCCACUCAGUCAGGAGAUCCAGGGUACAUCAAAAACGGCAGUUACUGUUGAUCAGGCAAUCGAGUCUGUUCUCAGAUCUUCCAAAUUUCCCAGCAGAUGUGAGGGACAGGAAGAAUCUGAACAAAAGUUCUCAGUGUCUUCUGCAUGUCUCAGUGAUACCCCUGAACUAGGAUUCACAGCACCUAUGACUGACAGCAUCCAGCAGACACACUUGGAGGAGCCAAGCAUGACUGGGAGACUCUAUCAAAGAAAGUCUGAAGAAUCCAGCUGGAUGGGGGUUGCGCAGGAAGAUGUGGUAGAGGAGGUGGCAGAUGCAAUAUGUAGUCAGUAUUGGGAGCCAGAUGAACUUUUGGCAGAAAGAAGAGAACUUGGGCAAAUGGAAGAGGCAGGAAAGACAAGGAUGGGUCAGAAAACAGGGCAAGACACAUCUGUAUUAUCUGAGGGGACUAAGCAAGGAGCACCAAAUUGGUCAGCAUUUGUAGGAGAACAAAAAAGAGGGCCUGAAGGGGCAGAGUGGACUGGGGAAAUUCUUCAAGGUGGCUUGGAAGAGAUGGUCAAGAUUAUGGGUAAUCAACAAUUAGAGUUUGAGAAUGAACAGAAAGAAGCAGAGUUGGGUGAGGAAGAGCAGGAAGAGAUAAAUACUGCAGUGCUAGACAGAGCAGAGGGUGAGGGAGAUCAGGUCGCUGUGCUUGAAGUGGAAAGAAAGGCUAGGAAAAGCCAGCGGUGGGAAGAAGAGGCAGAAAAAAUCACAGAAGACCAGGAAAGUGAGCUGGAAAAUAUGUUGUGGAAUGAGGGAGUUCAACAAAAGCUAUUAGACUGGGCACAGUGUAGAGGGGAAAAGCAGAGAGGACAAGAAGAUGCAACGUGGACUGGAGGGGCUCAACAAGAUGGGUUGGAGGAGAUGUCCAAGAUGGCAAGGGACCAGCAGUUGGAGGUUGAGAAGGAACAGGAAGAAGAUACAAAAGUGGAUGUGAACCAGCAGGUAAAAACAGAUGUGACAGCAGAAGCUGAAGGAGACCAGGUGAAGAUGCUCGAAGAGAAAGGAAAAGGUGAGAGAAGCUGGAAUUUGGAAGAAUGGAUAGGAGGAACUGAAGAGGGGAAGGACAGUAAACUGGAUGAAAAGGAAAGAGGACUAGAGGGAAUCACAUGGACAGAGACACUUCAGUAUGAUGAACUAAAUGUUAAAAUAGUGAAAACCCAGCAGUUGGACUCUGGGGAGGAACAGGGAGAAGGCAUAGAGAUGGAAACAGACCAGCAGGUAAAGAGAGAGAUAGCAGCAAAGAAGGAACCACUACUGGACAAGGCAGAGAUGGAAGCAAGCCAGAAGGAGGUGUUAGAAGGGGAAGAAAAGGAGAUACAUUUUCACUGGGAGCCAAAAGAAACUGUGAUUAUGACAGAACAGAAAGGAGAGGCACCAGGAUUGGAAGAGAGGGGGAAUGGUCAGCAGGGAGACUUACCUGAUAAAGGAAAGACAGAAGAGGAUCUGCAGCAGGAAGUAGAGGAAUCUGUGAAAAAUGAGACACAGGCUACAGGGGAAAAACAGGAACAGCAAACAAGAGAAGAAUGGUGGGAAAUUGACCAGGAAGAACAGCCUGAGAGAUUGGCAGAUACUAGUGGUCUUAGUGAAGAAAUGCUGGAAAUGGCUGAGACUACAGAGGGCCAGUCAAGUCAUCUGGGAGAGACCACAGAGAACCUGGUAUACACAGCCUCUGUUGAUACAGACCUCCUGGCUGGGCCCAGAGCUUUUCCAGAUUGUGUCACAACAUUGAAUAGCAGUGUCCAGAAGGAACGGGUGUUGCUACGUCGUAAGAGCUCCAUUCGACGAGCACCCAGCUUGAAGAAAUCAAAACCAUCAACAGAGGCUCCAACACAAGAGACAAAUAUAGCUGAAGAUGCUCCAUCACUGUUGGAAGUGCCAAAGAGACAAAACCCAAGAUUUUCUGGGGUUGGGCCUAUGCACCCCAAUAUGAUGGCUGAACUUCAAAUGCGCCUGGCCAAGCCAAAGUGACCUGAGGCUCAAAGAGCUUUAUCAAGUAAUGAACUUGCACAGUUUUCGCUCUACCCUGGAUCAAGGCACCAUGACCAGUAAUUUUGAAAGCAAUGAGGCACCAUCUCUAUUUUCUCUAGAAACUGAGUAAAUUAGAUGUCUAUUCUAGAUUAAAUAGUUAGUGAGGACACAACGUGUAUAGCCUGAAUAGAAAAUCCGAGAAAUACUUGCUGCGAUGUCUCAACAGAUCUGAUAUCUUUAUCUCACCUGAAAUGGUGAACUCCAUUUCAUGGCUCUUUCAUUCUAUUCAUGUCAUACUUUGAUAUUCAUAUCAAAGAUACAAUCAACCCUGGGGAUGGCUGGCAUCUUGAUGAUGCUCUCUGAGUUUAUUAACACCUAAUUAAC